GUGCAAGGUUCGCAAGGACAGGCUCAAGAAAGCUCUGGGACGUACACAGAGGAUAAGGCCGCGAUAGCUUGCUGAACAGAAGCCCUUCGAGAUACUCGAUUGGGACCGAUCUCUGUGGAGGGCGAAACAGUCAUGGUCGUCACCGUGCAGUUACCAGACUAUCUGCAAACCAGCUCGGCACUUAUCAAGGCCCUCAAAGCCUCGUCAGAUCCUCCUCAAACUGGAUGGCCUUCCAAGAUCGAGAUAGCUCAGCAGGCAAAGGAUCGUGACGAUUUCUUCCUCUACAGGAAAGAGUCGCUCUUACGGGAAUGGGUGAUCGAGGAGUUUGGCAAGGUUCGAGGAGCAAAACUGACAUCACUGCAUAUCAGAUCUUCUUUCAAUCCUCUGUUAGAUUACCGUUAUCAUGAAUUGCUCGAAUCUCUUUCCGUGCAGAAAGAUGCGUCUGUCCCGUUAGCUACUCCUAUUCAGGCCCUCUUGCACGGGUUCUUCUCUGCAUUACGCGCCAACAUUCACAAGAUAGAAGCCCUGGACCGACUUAUCGAAACCGCAUCUCGGAGCUUCCACGGCCUUCUCUCGACCGUUCGUGCCGAUCAAUCGGCUACAGCAGGCAAGGCAGAAGGAUGGCUCGACAUUUUGGGACUCGCGUUGACCUGGGUCGACAAGGAGAACGUCAAAGGUUGUCUCGUCCCCGUCGAGCGAUUACUCAGGGCGAUAGGUACGGAACUUGUUGUGUCUUUGGACGUAGCACAAAAUAGGAAAAAGAUCACUUCUUCGGUGCAGCCGCUGGCGCCGGCUUUAUUAGCAGUUUGGGAAUCCAACGUGUCCAUGCGGGAAGCACUAGAAGAUCCCCUCAAGGCUCUGGUUUUAUCUCUACCGGUGUUGCAGCAAGAAGAUGUCUCUACAGCUUAUUUGCUACCCAUCUUUCUGUACCAAAACGCAAUUCUGUCUCGGACCAAGCUCGUUUUCGUACCGCGGUAUCUAGCUCUCUUGAUUGGAUCGCUUCAGCAACAUCGUUAUGCGCUUUUCCCGCCAUCGGCUUCAACGAGGAGCUCUGUACCCGUUGACGUGCAUAUCUCAGGACGGGUCCGACAAGCGGUACUUCAAAGCACCCGAUUUGUGUUGGAAUCCAUCAAUAAGGUCUCAUCUCCGACGUCGGAACUUGCAGCUCGCUGCGAUGCGAUCGCAGGGGUCUGGCGAGCUAUUCAAGCCUGGGGAGGCUACUUGGAAGGGGAUGAAGCAUGGUUAUCGCUCUUGCAGCGAACUGUAAGCGAUGCUUCUCGAGCUCUGGUUGGAGCAGAUCCGACUCUUGCUAGUGCGAUCUAUGGGGUGUUGGACAUCGCGGCCAGCUUGGAUUAUGGAGCCACUCAGUUGAAUAUCAAAGAUGAGACUGACGUGCAGGCUUGUAGCCGGAAUGUCCUUGCGCAUGCGAUGGCGGUACCCGAGAUUGAGAUUUCGGACCCAGCUUUGAAGCUACUGCUUACGGUAUCGAGGUAUCACGCUCUCACACACGAGACUUCCAGCUUCUUCGAACUGCUAUGCGACUGUACACGGCGCGCCAUACGCCAAGGGGAAGCAAAAGAUGUCUAUCGACGCAUAUGUCGUGGACCUCUCGUCGCAGCUAUCUUUCAACAGGAAAUGAAGCGCAACGCGGCCGACUCCUUGGCGGGAGGCGCUACCACCGAAGGAGUCUGGGCAAUAUUGCUUCGGAGACUUUCUCAACGGUUGGAUGGCUGUCAGAGAUCCUCUCAGGCUGAACAAGGCGCUCAAGUUGGAUCAAGCAAAAAACGACGCAUCAAUAAUGGUUCAGCGGUAACCGUGAAUGAGGGAAACGACUUGGCUGCCGAAUUCGGUAUUCUGUCUCGUUUGAUUUGCAUUCUGCUGGAUACCGUAAUCGACAGCCAGGUCGAGAAAGCGCCGGCGCUUCGGUCGUUGGUAGAGGAGCACUACCGUAUUUGGCAAGACAUGCGCUCUAACAUCACCAAGAGCACAGACGGCAACUCCUGGGCACGUGAGAUAAGAAAUGCUGGCAUCACAAGGCUGCUCAGCUCUGCCUUGCGAUUUGAGUCUUCGCUCCAAGAUCAUGCAAAUACCGUGUCCGGAGACUUCGAUGCACCUGUCAUGGCGGUAGCAGAGUCACGUUACGAAUCCUUCCUAGCGGCUUUUGAUUCCGCCGAAAAGCUUGGACUGUUUGCGGGGUCUGAUGAGUCACCUCUGCAAGGGUUCUUAUCGACCUCAGGGCAUGCUAGCUCCAAGUGGUCUGGGUACACAGGAACCUUGGAUGCCGAGAGCUUUGCGCCGGCUAUAUGGCAGACCGUAGCUACGCGGGGUGUCUCAGUCAUUGAAGCUUAUGCCACCGAUGACCAAGUGAACGUCUUUGCGCGCAAUCUAGUUCAUUAUGGUGCAGACGCUACGUUGGCACGAGAGCGCGGUUUCUCGGCUGCCAGUGCAAUCGAGAGGGUCAUGUGUUCCAGCGAGCUAUGGGAAAUGCCUCGCCUCCAAGCUGCAAUCUCACAGCAUGUGAAAGAUCAGAUGCAGACAGUACACCCAAGUCCAGCGGCUGUCAAGAAUGUCUAUAUGUUCCUGAUGCUUACUCCGGUUGAAUACCUGAGUCGCAAUCUACGGAAUUUCACCGUUAGCAAAGCCUAUGAAUGGGACAUAACCUUUGCAAGAUCCGCGGAACGCCAGGAAGAGUCAAUGCUUUUGAGACGAUAUCUCAGCAGGACCAUAGCCGAAACGGGUUACAUCGGCAAUCUGGAAACCGAGAAUAUCGACGUACUUCUGGUGCCUUCCUCUCCAUCAGCGACACAAAGCAAUGAAAUCACUCGAGAACUGUUUGCGGGUCUUCUGAGCGCACUGUUAAGGGAAUCGAGGAAUGAGAGAAAUUCUGGUUUGCUGGCAUACCUCGUUGUCAAGCUAGUGAACGAUAUCAGUCGACACCAGCGACUAGGCACCAUAUGUGCCAUCCUCUUGACGGCACCUCGCGAACUGAGUAUCGGCGCUGAAGCCUUGCCGAGUCAUAUUCUUGGCAGCCUGGACGAGCUUCACCGCAAGAUGAGCCGGGUGUACGACAAACAUUUCAGAAACAACGACAUCACCGAGGAUCUUCUCUGUAUAUACCGGGCGAUAGUUGUGUAUAGCUCAUGGAGGAAUCCAGGCGCAUCCUUUGACCCAGCAAUUAGCAAAGGCUUGGCACGACGGGCGAUACAGGUUUGCCUGCGACGAGUCACCGAAGGCGAAGUUGAUCCAAGCUGGAGAAUCGUCAGCAUAGCAGCGCCUGCUCUGGAGACCUUGGCCAUGGAAGUGGCGUCGGAACAAAACGAAGCAGGCAUUCAGAUGUGGCUUGCGGCUUGGGUCGAGAUCAAAGCUGCCAAUGGCGAAGCCUCAGCAGGCUCCGCUGAUGACGAUCUAUUAUUGGACAAGCUGUACAAACGCAGUUUAUCACAAAUCACCUCUGCAACAUAUGAAUCAUUGCUGUCGACCCUGAUGGACAGCCUUGCACUGCCGACCGGAUCGGCCGGAAAAGUUGCUGUAGCGUCUCUGCAGGCCUGUUCGCUGCUCUUGGAAUUGCAGAUCAACGGCUCCGGCAAGGUCUUCAAAUUAUACCUGAGCAGGCUGUUGGCCGUCCUGCAUCGUUGCAUCACAGACGGCCCAGACACGGCAUUAUUGGUUCAAGCUUUGCGCAUCAUAGAUAUGAUCAGCGAGAGGAAGCCUGUCAGCCUCAGCGAGCAAGACGCGAGCGAAAUCGUACUCUCUUGCUUUGCCGCUUUGUCGCCUUCAGUCACAAACAAGGACUUGCAGACGAGUCUCGAAAUACCGACACUGGUCCUGUCGAUUUGCAACUCGCUUGUCCGACACCGCAGGGAUCUAACGCUCAACGUACUCCCACAAUUGAUGAGAACCUACUCGAGGAUGUUUGUGCUGUUCGCUCGUCCCCGAGCCAGUAUCGGAUCGGGCAGGCUACGAAAUAUCGUCAUCAAUCGGCGACCGAAAUGGAUGGGCCCCAAAGAUGACGAUUGUUUGGGGGACCAGGAGGCUUCGACCUUUGCGAGAGCGAUCGGCACCUUGACGGGGAGAUCGAUGAUCCGGAGAGGGAAGUCUGCAAGCGAUCCAUCCGUUGGCAAUCAGGUCGAUCGAGAGCUUGGCAGUCUCGUCGGGCAACUAUCAAAGCACGCGCCUGGGGUCCUCGUGGCAUACGUGAGAGCGGUAGCCGACCCGCUCUCUGGGAUGCCUGUUUCAGUCAGAGGGGAACUCGAGCCUGGCCUCUUUGCUCUUUGCGAAGCCAUCACCGCCGGAGGGAAGGCUCAGUAUGGCAAGGGACCGGGAGAAGGCGUCGGGGAAGCGUUUGGGCUGGGCGAGGGCGAUAAUGUCGAUACGGAAUACGAGGUCUGGGUCGAUCUGUGGCAAAGAUGGACCAACAAGAGGUAUACCGGGCAGGGUUAAUCGGCGAGGCUUCAAAAUCUUGUGCAGUGUAACAACAAUAUCAUAUGAUAUCCGUGAUGCACAUCACGAUCAUCUCUUGCUGCAACGCGCUCUUUGAUGAUGAGGUGGGCGGCGGAAGCGGAUUAGGAGCUAGAGGAGAGAGCAAGGGGGCAGGGAGCAGGGAGGAGCUGGCAAUGGUCC